GUUACACCAAACACACCAUAUCGUGAAGAGUGAGCGCAUGAUGGAGUCUGAAUGCAACGAAGAGAUUGAAAAUAAUCACACUGAAAUGGACACAGAGAAGAGCUCGGACCCUGGGAACGUGCAAAGUAGUGAUACGAAACAGGACAUCACAAGCACUAAUGAAAACACAGAUGAUCCUUUUAAGAAACCGGAUAUUUUUGUGGCUCAAUUGCUCACAGUGAAGAAGUCAGGAGGAUUAAACUCAAGCAAGAAACUCGCAGAGGAAUUAAACGGCAGCAGAUCGGAGAAUAAAGACACAGAUCUUGAUACUAAACAUAAGCAGCCAACUGAAAAACCCACAGAGACUUUAAUUGACCCGUCCGAUCAGCCAUCAUCCGAGAGAUCAGAGGCAAAGAAGGUCCAGCCCAAACCAAAAGACAUCCGACAAAAGAUCCCUGCCAGUGUCAAGCUACCCCCGGCGGGUAAAUUUCCUCCGCUCCCAUACACCGAGCCCCCGUGGGGAUCUGUUCCUGACAUCAGCUACUCGUUUGAGCUGCUGAAAAACGGGGCGAUCCUAGAUGCGGUCCCACUGACCCAGAGUAGUUACUUUGUGGUGGGUCGGUUGCCAGUGUGUGAUGUGUCUCUGGAGCACCCGUCCAUCUCCCGCUACCACGCCGUGGUGCAGUACCGGGGCAGAGCUGGGCAGGACGGGGUCGUAGGAGAGGAGAAGGGCUUUUAUGCCUAUGAUCUGGGGAGCACUCAUGGGACUUUUGUGAAUAAGAACAAAAUACCGCCUAAAACAUACAUAAGGCUACGAGUGGGACAUGUUUUGAAGUUUGGAGGAAGCACAAGACUCUUUAUUUUGCAGGGUCCAGAGUUUGAUGAAGAAGCAGAAUCUGAACUGACGGUGACAGAGCUCAGAGAGCGUGCUAGAAAACAGAGAGAAGAGCUGGAGAAGAGGAUGAUGGGUGACGGCUCAGAUGAGGAGGAAGAGAAAGAGGACAGUGAAGCCAGUGCUACAACGAGAAGCUCCUCCGAAAAUACCGGCUGCUCUUGGGGAAUGGAUGAAGAGCCAGUGCCAGAAGAGGACGAGAAUGAGGAGAAUCCAUUUGCCACAGAAUUUCAAGAGGAUCAGGAAGCAGCAUACUUAAAAGAUCCUAAAAAGGCAUUACAGGGAUUUUAUGACAGAGAAGGAGAAGAACUAGAGUUUGAGUAUGAAGAACAAGGCCAUGGUACAUGGCUCUGCAGAAUUAAGUUGCCAGUGGAUGAUGCUCUGGGCAGGCAGUUGGUGGCUGAAGUGACCCACUCAGGGAAAAAGAAAGAAGCAGCCAUCCAAUGCUGCUUAGAGGCCUGCCGCAUUCUGGAGGCCCGUGGUCUUCUGAGACAGGAGGCAGUGUCCCGAAAACGCAAGAAGAAGAACUGGGAAGAUGAAGAUUUUUAUGACAGUGAUGAUGACACAUUCCUUGACCGGACAGGAGCGGUGGAGAAGAAGCGGACUGAACGCAUGAAGAAGGCUGGAAAGAUUCAGGAGCGUCCUGUUACGUAUGAAUCACUGCUAGCCAAACUGGCUGAGGUUGAAAAAGAGCUGGCUGAGACUGAAAAUAGACUCAGUUCUUCUGGGAAAGGAGUCUCCAGUUCUUCGACAGAGGACCCUCUAGAUGCUUUCAUGAGCGUUGUACGCAGCGAGACGGCUCUGGAUGGAGUGGAGAGAAAGAAGCUACAUUUACAUGUGGCCGAGUUGAAGAAGGAAGGUCAGAGACUGCGCAAGCUAGCAGAUCUGGCCAAACCCACACAGCUACCUUCAUUACAGCCCAGCAGUAGUCAGUCCACGGACACUGAGAAUCCUAAGAAGUUAUCCCUGCCAAUGUUUGGAGCCAUGAAAGGAGGAAGUAAAUUCAAACUGAAGACUGGAACAAUAGGAACGUUACCCGCAAAGCGAACCAAUCUGCCUCCUGAGCUCUUCAACAUGAAAGAAAUGCCCUCUGUUGGUGAGGAAGAGGAAGAAGAGGAGGAAGAAAAAAGCGAGAAGAUGGAGGAUGCGGUCACAGAUGUUGAUAUGGAAGUCGUUCAGUCUGCAGAGACCACCAGCUCAGAACACUCCAGUGAAACUCAGACACACCGCCCUAAUGCUAAAGGAGACCAAGAGGACGAGCCUGCUAAGAUAGUUGCAUCUCACGAAAAACAGAAGUCUCCCCAUCUUCAAGAGAAAAGUGCCUCUCGUCCAAAAGAGGAAAUUGACAAUAGUGUCUCAAAUGUUCCAAAGAAAAAUACAAAGAAGAAAAUGAUUGGCCCCAGCAGACCUCCUGUGACCAUGUCUAAGCAGUACCCAGAAGAUGACCCAGACUACUGCGUUUGGGUUCCUCCAUCGGGUCAGACUGGUGAUGGUCGGACACAUCUAAACGAUAAGUAUGGAUACUGAAUACAGGAAGGAAAGACCAUCCUCUCUGGAUCAGGAAUGGAAUCAGCCCAAACGUUCAUCUUAACCCUUGGAGUGGACAGAUUAUUCUAUUGUUUUCAUGGACAAGCUAGUAGAUUCUGUUUUGCUGCUUAUUCAGUUCGAAAUGUAUUCCAUUUGAUGAUAUAUUUUCGUCAAAUACAUCAUGCCACUGUAAUGUCAGUCCACUUAUGCUUAAGCACUUCUGCUGUUCUGGGAUCAUUUAAACAGGCUUAAGUGAGCUCAUUGACCACUCAAUCCGCUGUUCUGGGUCAUUCUCGGAACAACGGCGGACUCCCUCCUCAGUUUGGCUGAGUGGCCACGCUCCGUAUGGCGAGAGCUCCUGUUGGAUGCGGUUCUGUUGACUGCUAACGAUGCCUCCUCAGAGAGAGGCGGCUUUACCAGCCAUCUGGACACUUGCUUGGCAUUCUAGGAUUUGGAGCAAGCUGUUAAUGAAUCAGUCUGUGGGCGUGUGUGUGUGUUUGCAAGAAGGGGAGUUAGAGUGAGCUCCGUGUACAUUAUUUAUGUGCAUAUUCACUUCUCUUAAUAUUGAUGAAGACGAGUGACUCAGUGUUGGUGAUGUGGACUGUAUGUGUGUGUGUGUGUGUGUGUGUUGGCAUCUCCGAGGAUGGAUUAGGCUCCCCACAUUCGCUACUACGCACUGUUCUCUCUGUUUAUUCACCGCUUUUAGUGCUUUUGAAUUCUCCAUUGUUUGGAGAGAAUGAUUAAUCACAUACAAAAUGUGUUUUUUGUUACUUAUAUUUUGUAAAAAUAAACAUUUAUGCUGUGUCUCAUCAA